GACGAGAGAAAUCAGAUUCUGACCGCCUAUCUGUGGAUCCGCCAAACAUGGCAUGAUGCUUACCUCACGUGGGAUCGAGACCAGUAUGACGGGCUAGACUCCAUCAGGAUCCCCAGCGACCUCGUGUGGAGACCUGACAUUGUCCUGUACAACAAGGCUGACGAUGAGUCUUCAGAACCCGUGAACACCAAUGUGGUCCUGCGGUACGAUGGCCUCAUCACCUGGGAUUCACCAGCCAUCACCAAAAGCUCCUGUGUGGUCGAUGUCACCUACUUCCCCUUCGACAGCCAGCAGUGUAACCUGACCUUUGGUUCCUGGACCUACAACGGCAACCAGGUGGACCUAUUCAAUGCCCUGGACAGCGGUGACCUCUCUGACUUCAUUGAGGAUGUGGAAUGGGAGGUCCACGGCAUGCCUGCUGUGAAGAACGUCAUCUCCUAUGGCUGCUGCUCGGAGCCGUACCCAGACGUGACCUUCACCCUGCUCCUGAAGAGGAGGUCCUCCUUCUACAUCGUCAACCUCCUCAUCCCCUGCGUCCUCAUAUCGUUCCUCGCUCCCUUGAGCUUUUAUCUCCCAGCAGCCUCGGGGGAGAAGGUCUCUCUGGGAGUGACCAUCCUCUUGGCUAUGACGGUAUUUCAGCUAAUGGUGGCAGAGAUCAUGCCGGCCUCAGAAAACGUGCCUCUGAUAGGUAAAUACUACAUUGCCACCAUGGCCCUGAUCACGGCCUCCACGGCCCUUACCAUCAUGGUGAUGAACAUCCACUUCUGCGGGGCUGAGGCCCGGCCAGUGCCUCGUUGGGCCAAGGUGGUCAUCCUGAAAUACAUGUCCAGGAUCUUGUUUGUCUACGAUGUGGGUGAGAGCUGCCUCAGCCCCCAUCAGAGCCAGGAGGCGGAACCACUCACGAAGGUUUAUAGCACACUCCCAGGGUCCAACCUGAAAACAUCCAGAAACAAAGGCCUUUCCAGAAAGAAGGAAAUGAACAAACUCUUAAAGAAUGACCUGGGGUGCCAGGGCGGGAGCCCCCAGAAUACCAACGGUUCCUGUGCACGCUAUGAAGUGCUGACAAGAAACAUCGAGUACAUUGCCAAGUGCCUCAGAGACCACAAAGCCACCAACUCCAAGGGCAGCGAGUGGAAGAAAGUCGCCAAAGUCAUAGACCGGUUCUUCAUGUGGAUUUUUUUUGUUAUGGUGUUUGUCAUGACCAUUUUGAUCAUAGCAAGGGCAGAUUAGGAAAAAAGAGGAGUGGGCAGGUUGGCAUUGGAUAUUUGAGAAAAACAUCAAUAAAAUGCCCCUGUGACCU